CCGACUGCCCCCCACACACGCACACAUCAAGCGCAGCUGAUCCACCAGUCGAUCGAUCCGACAGCUAGCUAGCCAUGGCCGCCGGGAGGAGGGUGAUGAGCAACGCCGGCGUCGCUGCCGCGCUGGUGGCGCUGCUGGUCGUGGCGGCGGCGGCGGGCACGGCCGGGUACCAUGUCUGCGACGUGGACACGGACAGCAUGGUGAGCAACUGCAGGUCCUACUGCACGGUGGGCAGCACGGAGGCCAGUCCCAGCGGCGCGUGCUGCGGCGCGGUGCACGGCGGCGACUUCCACUGCCUCUGCAAGUACAAGGGCGUGCUGCCCAAGAACAUCGACGUGAACCGCGCCAUGCAGAUCCCCGGCAAGUGCGGCUACGGGGCGGCCUCCUGCUAGUCAGUCACGCACUACCAGCAGCUCGAUUGGCGCCGGCCGACGCGGUCCGCCGGCCGCCGGUUGCACUAGUAGAUCCUACGUAAGGUGUUAACUUUCACUCGUUUGUAGGAGUAAGUUCUGGUCGUCUGGCCGAUCCGAUCGUGCUCCUGCGUGCGUGCACGCUUUGUGUUGGCGAUGCAUGCUACCUUUGUAUCCUCUUCUGCUUUUCAUAAGUCAUGUCGCAGUGUGUCUACAACCAUGUCGCAGAAAUAAAACUUGUUUGCCAUGUUAGCUA